AUGGCUUCUCGAUUUUUGAUUGCUUCAUUCCUGGUGUUAACCCUUCUAGGACUCUGUUUAGCAGGUGGUCACGGAGGAGGAGAACACAAACGAGUUAUCAUUCACGUCCCAUUCAAAGUGAAGCACAUUCACCACACCCACACAGUCGUCAAGCACGUCGGCCAUGAAGGAGGCGGCGGCGGAGAAGAAUACAAAGUCAUCGGUUACUCCGGAGGCAUCGACGACGGUGAAGUUGUAGCCCACGGAGGUGGAGGUGGCGGUGAUUUUGGACACGGACACGGAUGGGAAGGUGGAAUUGGAGGAGGUAGCAUUGGAGGCGGCCACGGAAUCGAAAUCGGGCACGCAGGAGGUCAAGAAGGAGGAAUUGGUGGUGGUCACGGCUAUGGCCAUGGUCUUGAAUCACAAGGGAGCGCCUUAGGCGGACACGGAGCAGGCUUAAGUGAUGGCGGUAUCGAUUACUCAGCAUCAAGUCACGGACUUGGAUCAUACGGCGGUGGCGGUUUCGACCAGAACUCCAUUUCGCAAGAGGGAGGACACGACUUCAGUGGAGGCCUAGGAGCAGAAGGAGGUGGUUACGAAAGUGCGGGAAGCGCAGGACACGGUGGCUACGAAUAA